AUGGCACAGGAAAUAUUGCAUAAAACGGAUCACGUUAUGUCUGGUCGUAUGGACCACGGUAUGCCAGGAAUGCCGGAAGAUAGAUGUUCUAUGAAUAUGGUAUUUACUUGGGAUUGGAAAAAUACAUGCAUUGUAUUCAAAUGGUGGCAUAUAAGGACUUUUUCAGGAUUUGCAAUCUCCUUGAUUGCCAUUGUUGUUCUUGGCAUGGGUUACGAAUUUAUCAAAAACUGGUUUGCUAAUUGGGAAAAGAAGAACAUGGCAACUUUUGUUAUUACUAAUAAUAAUAAUACAGGCUCUACUUUUCAAAAGAGAUUCAAAUUUGAACAAAGUUUGGUAUAUGGUGUUCAAGUUUUCUAUUCAUUUUGGUUAAUGUUGGUUUUCAUGACAUACAAUGGCUGGUACAUGUUGGCCGUGGCCCUUGGUGCUGCAAUCGGUAACUACUUUUGGGGUGUAUCGUCGGAUUCGGUAGCAGGAACCGCCCGCAACAUGUCGUGUCAUUAG